UGUUUACCAAAGAUGUGGUUGUAACAAGCUAUGAAAUUGUAUCCUGAUUUUAUCACUUAAACUUCACAGUGUUAAAGAAGUACAUUAAGACGUAACAAUGUGUCAAUUGUUAGAAGAUGAGAAAAAGCCGUUGAUGCCGAAGCGUCUUAGAGCACCAGUAUAUGAUGACAAUACAUACGAAGACAGUCUUGGUUACCCACAAGAGGAUGGCAGGACGAGACGAGGACGACGCUCGAGUUGCUGUCCCUGUAUUUCAGCAAGAAUCGUGCUAGCAUUGUUAUCCUCCGCUGGGUUUCUCAUCAUCUUCAGUUUACGAUCAAAUUUAAGCGUUGCAAUGGUGGCCAUGGUAUAUGCUAAUGUAUCUGAUAAGAACGUCAACCAGAGUUUGGAAUGUAUGCCUAAAUAUGGCAACCAUACACCUAUGGUACCGCUAACUGAAGGAGAAUUUCAAUGGAAUGGACAAAUUCAAGGAAUUAUUCUUGGAUCAUUUUAUUAUGGAUACUGCUUAACACAAAUUCCUGGUGGCUGGUUAGCUCAAUAUUUUGGCGGGAAACGGUUAAUUGGGGGAGCCAUAUUGGUGACGUCUUUAUUGAGUCUGUUGUCUCCUAUAGCCGCCAGGUUCAAUUGGUGGAUGUUGGUCGGGGUUCGAUUUUUGGAGGGAGCUACACAGGGUGUCAUUUAUCCAGCUAUGCAUUCUAUGUGGGGAAGAUGGGCGCCAAAAUCUGAGAGGAGUAGAUUAGUCACCAUAACAUAUUCAGGAUCUGGAUCAGGAACAACUGUGGGACUCAUUGUUUCAGGAUAUAUUUGUCAGAGUCAAUAUAUUGGUGGUUGGCCAUCAUGUUUCUAUCUAUUUGGUGGUAUUGGGUGUGUGUGGUUUAUAAUAUGGAUGUUAUUGGUACAUGAUCUGCCAGCCGAUCACCCUAGAAUAUCAGCAGAAGAACUACAUCUACUUCAAACAACUACCAGUACUUUUCAUACCGACGAAAACAACAUGUCAGAUUUAAAGAAAUUGAAGCCGCCAUGGACAUCUAUUUUUACAUCAAGUGCUGUCUGGGCUAUUGUCGCUGCACACGUAGCUACAGAUUUUGGUUUCUUCACUCUAGCAUCGUGUCUACCUACUUACAUGAAAUUUGUUUUAAAAUAUAAUAUUGAUAAGGAUGGUAUUCUCUCAGCUGUACCUUACAUGGCUGUCAUGGUUACAACAAUUCUUACAGGACUUGUUGCUGAUUGGAUUCGGGAUAAGAAAUAUCUGUCAACAGUUGCUACUAGAAAACUUAUGAACACUUUAGGUUUAUUAUUACCAGCUGGGUUUAUGUUAGGUAUGGGCUAUACAAACUGUGAUUCUAAUUUAGCUGUGGCAUUACUGACAUUAGCUAUUGCUGUAAAUGGUCUUACGGCUGCUGGCUAUACAUGUAAUCAUAUAGAUAUAGCUCCUAAAUUCUCAGGUAUAUUAAUGGGUCUGACAAAUACAUUUGGAACAACCACAGGGUUUAUAGGACCUUAUAUAGUUGGUGUUUUGACUGAUAAAAACCAAUCUCGGGAACAAUGGCAAAAGUUUUUCUUCAUGGUAUCAGCGCUGUAUGGUUUUGGUGGUUUAGUGUUCCUAGUGUUCGCAAAGGGAGAAGAACAAAAGUGGUCUAUAGAAGCUUCUGUGAAACAGAACUCCACAAAGACUCUCAAUAUUCAAAAGUAGCUAAAGGACGCUGAAACGCAUAAUAGUAGCUCGACUUUAUUAAGUCAAUUAGCUCAAUCAUAUAACAGACAAAGAAUAUUCUUUUCAAAUGAAAAUCGUUAUGCCAUAAUUGUUGGAGAUGUAGGUCCUUUGUUGAAAUCUAAGCGAAAAACAAUGACUUCUUUUCAAAUUUUGGAUGCGAAACAGUGUUCUUUAUUGGAAUAAAGAUUUGUUUGCACAAGCACACAAAACUAGAGAUGUAACUCUAAAAAUAGGACGACCCAUCGACGAAACGCCAGUCUGUUUGGCACUAGGCUUAUGUGCCGUCGUCUAAUUCAAACGGAAACGGUCAAAACGUAUUUAUAUAAAUGCAACACAUAUUUUUCUGUUCCAGGAAACUAUAGCGCAGCAGAGGCGCGUAUCAGUAAUUUAAAUAAAUUUUGGAUUGGCCCUAACAAUAACUGAGAAGGAUGAAAUGAUGCUAAUGCCCACACCUAGGACAUGUGUCCUAUAUCGUCGUGCUCGAAACCGGUUUUAGAAUUGUAAAUAAUUAUUUUCUGUUAGUUUUAUGCUUGUAUGUAUUAAUUAAUUAACAGUGUUAUAUGUGUGGUAUUGUAUAUUAUUGUAUAUUUGUAUUAUUGCAUAUUUGAUAAGUGGUGUGUUGUUCCUUUAGAUGUGUAGUUUUUCCUUUAAGGUUUUGUAGCUUGGGCCGGUUGUUAACAUGGAGUUAAGGGAUUGUUAACCUUAACGGAGAGAAAGUCUAUUGCUGGAAGCCCCGUUAAUUUUAAUAUGUCGUUAACUUAAUAUUUAACGAAGGUGUUGGACUUCGUUAUCGGUUUAACGGUGACAUUAGUGGGCUGUCAAUCGAAGUAUAGUAUACUUAGCAGCAAACAGUCCUAUAGCCUACACCAGAAAACACACCAGACGACGCCUAAUACUAUAGUUAGAGAACUUAAACUCUGUAGGCUACCUCUGGGAAUUAAAGGGUUUCUUUGGAGGCGUAUAGGCUAGGCUAUAUCAAUCUGUUUGGGGCUAUAUAUAUGUACAGAAUGUGUUUUUGGAAGUCAGGCCAUAGGCCUAUAAAAACUGCCAAUUAUAUGUAUGUGUAUUACCGGUAUCCUUCAUAUGUAAAUAAUUCAACCUGUCGAUAAUAUCAUGUAUAAUGUAUUUAAAUUUGUUCUAAACAGCAACAUUGUAUAUAAAUUUUCGUAACUUGUAUCUACUGUAAUUGUUCUGGUACAAUAAAAAAUGUGUCU